AAAGAACCAGAUAAUAUCGUUAAAUGUUUGGAUGCGCUUAUGGUGGAACGACCCUAGACUGGUCUGGAAUAUCAGCGAUUACGGGGGAGAGGAUCAGAUCGUAUUGCCGUUCAAAGAAUUGUGGACACCAGAUAUAACUAUUUUUGAUAGCGCAUCUGAAACGAUGAUGCCAGGUCGCCGAGAGUACCGUCCUAUAGUACUACAUGACGGGACAGUGAUUUAUCUCUUCCCGACAAUUGUGGACAGCAUCUGUGUCAUUGAUGUCUUGUACUUCCCCAUGGAUACCCAAGAAUGUCGCCUUAUGUUUGGGUCGUGGUCACAUUCCGGAAUAGAAAUCGACUUUUUCCCUAAAGUUCCAACAGGUGACAUGGAUUUCUUUAUCACUAAUAAUGAGUGGACUGUCCUGUCCUUUAACGCCAGAAGAAAUGUGGCUUACUACAAAUGCUGUCCGGAUCCGUUCCCGGAUGUGACGUUUUACCUAAGGAUCCGCCGUAAACCCCUCUUCUAUAUUCUAUCUGUCCUCUUCCCCUGUAUUCUGACGUCAUCAGUGGCCAUAUUAGCUUUUCUGUUGCCCCCAGAUUCCGGAGAAAAGGUUUCCUUGAACGUAACAGUUCUCUUGUCUCUGGCUGUUUUUCUUUUGAUGGUCAGUGACCAGCUCCCUGCUUCAUCAGACCAUUUUCCAUACGUAGGUAUGUAUUUUGCGUGCUCCAUGUUUCUCGUGUCCCUUUCCCUGUUGAUGACGGUGUGCGUUUUAAACAUGCAUUUCCGAAGUCCGGGGGAUGGGAAGGCUCCCUCCUGGAUGCACCCAGUAUUCCUCCAUUUUGGCAGACGGUUUCUUCUUUGCCAAUCUGAGAACAAAGUCCAACCAUGUAAACAGAGACAAUUUUCAAACAUCAGAUUGCAGAAUAUUGGAAGAUACUCUGACGAUCAGAAUAGCAAUAGAUCCCCGAUGUUCAACAUAUCAACAACAGGUCUAGAAGACGACUCCAAGAACUCCAACAUUUCUCUCAACGUCACCAACUCUCACAAGGAAGUCACGCACAACGAGAACGAGAGUGUAUGUGAUGACGCCGAGAUAUUUGAGGGUCGCGUGAAUGAGUGGCAGGAGAUCGCCAUGGUCAUGGACCGAUUGUUUCUGAUCUUGUUCAUUUUAAUUACACUGAUCACCUCCAUCGUGUUUCUUGGGCUGAUGGGCAAUGAAUGAUGAUUAACAAUUUAUUUUUAUAGAUAAA